GCAAGUAGGUUUGUGAGUUGUGCGUUUGGACAUUUUCCGAAGAGAUUCUGGCCGAUAGCUGCCACCUUGGAUUGCACGAUUGAUUGAGAACCUGCUUGGACGAAGUGUACAUUAUCCGUGUGGAGGAGGUGGUUGGACCAAGGAAAAUUCGACGUGCGCGGUCAAUCACCGAAACAUUUUCACGUGGGAGCAGCGCGCAGAGAAGGAUCUCGGAGUCAAUCAAAUGGGUAGUAAGAUUCGGAAUAUAGCAGCGCCGAUCGAGUGAAUAUCAAUUUGCGAAAGUGCGCGCGGGGGUGAGAAUGUGUUCGGUGUCACCAGCACCAGCAGUGUUGUUUUGGGAAGAAUCUAGUUCUGGUCGGGAACCGGAGCAACCAACACCUGUGCGUUUGUAGCGCGGAGAGAUCUACGGAAAGAGAGAGUGUGUGACAAGUUUCAGCGUCGAGAAGAUUCUGGAAGUGUACCGCGAGUGAAAUCUGCGAAGAUUCCUGGCAAUUGCGAAGAAAUUGUGCGUUGAAAAUUGAUUUCGAAGAAAUUGUCCGCCGGGAGCAAGGUGAAAAUUUAAUUCAGUGCAAUUUUGCGAACGCAAAAUUUCAACGAGAGUGAAGUGACGAACCCCCCCUCGCCUGGAUUACGGUUCCGGAGUAUAUCCGGAGGAAAAUCGAAGUGUCGAGUGAACGUUCGGAUUACAGCGGGAAGCAGGAGGAGUAGGAGGAAGGACAUUAGGACGAACGAUUACCACCCAUAUGGUUCCAUUCUAAUCAAAACACGACACAGACAGAGAGACGCACCUUCAUUUCGUUUCGAUUCAACCCCGAACGGAAUAAUACGAUUAGCAUGAGUGAACCGGCGAGUGCCACACCUGGAACCCUACGAAGGGCUAAACGGGGUGCCACCGCGGCCGUAGAUGGCCAUGCACCAUCGGCGACGUCACCCAUCGUAGUAGGUGGCGGCGCCGGAUCGCCGAAAACCAUCGUAGCCGAGGCAAGGUUUGAAGGACUCACGCUCGAGGGCGUCAACCAGAAUUUGGUGGACAUCAAGUCGGACGAUAACGAGGUCGAGCCGGUCAGUCGGGAAGAGGAGAUUAUCAAAAAGCGCAAAACCGAACUGAUCACGACCCGCCAAAUCGAAACCCGCGUCCAACGGCAGCUCAAGUUCGAAGAUGGCAAAGUUAUCGAAGAUUCCGGCCCGAUUGUGUCCACCAACACCACCGAGGACACCGACCGGCAGGAAACGGUGCAAACAGAGCACCGUACCCUGGGCGAUCCAACGGAGGAAGAAGUUACCAAAAAUGUUGCCGCCGUCGAUUCCGGCGGCGGAAAGCCGGUUCUCGGCGACGCGGCCGGCCUGCAAAAACUAGUCAGCGAUAGUGGGGAGGCGGGUGGUGGUGGAAGGUUGGAGGCCGCGGUUGACGCAAACAGCAACAAACCAAAGACAAUCAGUGCCAUCGUGGCCAGGCCCGAUGGACUGCUGAAAAACAUCAAGGAAGAGGUGGAGGUCUCCCGGGAGGAGACCAAGGAGUGCACGGUAACUGCCGAGCGGAAGCAUUUUGGCGAUUUCACCGAUGAUGCCUACCUGCGUGCCAUCAACAGCGGUGUGGACGACAUUCGCGAGCUGCUCCUUUCGGAGGAGGCCCGCCUCGAGCUAGUCCCGUCCGGUCCGCAGCUGGUCAACACCAGCACCAAGUCGCGCAAGGUCAUCGACAGUGAGGACACCGAUGUGCAGCUGUUGGCCCGCCCGGACGGAACGUUGGUAACGGAGAAGACCCAAACCCGGCAGCACGAGGUCCUAUUCGACGACGAUCUGCCCGGGGACGAGCGGCUCAGCACCGGCAUCGAUCAGGUGGACUGCGCCGAGCGGAUCAUCGAUCAGAAGGCAACCUCACAGCGCUACUUCAAACAACGCGAUGAACAGCACGUCGAUCUGAUCGGAGCCAACGGCGAAGUGCUAGGAAACGAGAUGCGCUACGCAGCGGAAACCACCCAAAUGGAAAAGGACGGCCCCCGUCCGGAGAACCUCGUGUCCGAGUGGGACAGUUUGUCCGAUCGGCUGCGGAAAGCCCGCCGUCUGGGGAGGCAUUCCACCCCCAAGGAGGCAAUCACCGGAUUACCACCGCUGGUCGAUCGAACCGAUGCCCUCACGAAGAAACCGCUGGACUUUGACAGGGAAGACGAAACACGGAAAAACGAAACGAACAAGUGGCUGGAAAGUCACUUCGGGAGUGAAUCGCGGUCUUCGCGGGGGUCCCGGGACGACUUGGACGAAAUUGUGGAACCUACGAAGAAGACCUAUUUCAAUGUGACGAUCAAGAGCGGUGGGGAAGGGGCGGAGGAACGUGGGAGCAGUAAUAAUCUGUACAAGAGUCAGCAGUUGAGUACACCGGCGAAGGUUGUGCUGCCGGAGAAGGAGGAGGGUGUGGGGAGGAAGUACUUCCAGGGGGUUAGCGAGUGGAACGAUAGGAAUCGGUACGGGAGGGGUUCGCGGGAGAAUUUGGUGGAUGGGGAUGAGUAUGGAUAUCGGAAGCAGAAGGACUACCGGCUCGAUGAAGGGAAGAAUUCCUACAAGGAGGACUCGGCGUACGUUUCUUCUUCGACGUACUUUACAACGCCGCGAUCGCCGAAGCCGAUGAAGGAUAGUAAUUUCAAUGCAAGGUAUGGCAGGGAUGCCCGAUCGGUUUCACCAGACCGCAUCGAUUACGUUCCGGAGGAACGUCCAACCGUCCCGCAGAGGAAGAAAGCGUUGGAAAGGAAACUGACCAACGGCAGCGGUAUGCUGGCGAAGCGAAUGCCACCAGAACCGCAAGUCAUAGAGUACGCACCCCGCAGUCGAUCGAUUUCACCCAUUCAGAUUCCUCCGGCAGCGACGACCUUGAGGAAGCCUUAUCAGAAAACCCGUUUCAGCAGUAUUCAAGAUCUAAGUCAUCAUACGACGUCCCGGGGGUCGGGGGUCAAUACACGGGCCCAGAGUACCCCACCAAAGAGCAAAGUCGGUUCGGUCAUCGGCAACAGCAUUCGGAAGCUAGUCGGCAAGAUCCGAUCCGCGAGUGCCGAACGCAAACUGCGACUCAAAUCGUCAAUCAAACAACGUUCGCCCUCCCCGUCCUCGUCGGCCCAGAAGCGCAACAGCUCGUCCAGCGCAACCUAUCAGCAGUACAACGUCAUCGACAGUCACAUCGGUGGACGAGGAUACUCACCACCACCAGCACCACCCGCCCCAGCAGGGGCUCAAAACCAGUCUCUGCUCCAACAGCAGCAGCAGCAGCAGCAUCAGCGCGUCGCCGCCGCACCGAACGGUGUCAGUCACAAGCCGAACGGCAACAUUUCCAGACGUGAUCGCGACCGCACAGAUCCCGCUACAAGCAGUUACGGUCGUCGUGGUUCCUCCGAUAUCGUGUCCGACAUGACAACCAAUAGCGGUGGCGGUCCGACGCCGAAGCAAAAGUACUACCUCGGUGAGAAUCCCUACGGGGGAAGCAUCUUUGGCAAGGAGAACAAGUACGAUGGGACGGUGCGCGACAAGGGACAACUACAACAACAGCAGCAGCCACAAAAACAGCCGCAUCGCAGUGAGGAACGGAUCGUGACGUCGUCCCACACGAGGAGCUACAGCCAACCACCACCCCCAACGGCCAGCACGCUCGGCCGCUUCAGCAAGAGUACCAACCGGCUCCCAUCCACGACCAAUGGCCACCACGAUCACCACAACGGGACGUCAUCGUCCUCCUACAUGCAGCAAUCCUCCGGUCACUACCAGAACAGCUCCCAGACCCUACCGCGAAAACUCUACGAGCAAAAACAAAAAGCCAAACCGCUCCACUCGUCCACCAUCAACGUUUCGAUCGUCAACACCGUUAGCCCUUCGCCACAACCCCCGGCCAACACCGGCCCGGUCAAACCCGCCCGGACCUACAAAGCGCUCAACCGGAGCAAAUCCUUCAACGUGCACGGCCUCAACGGAUCCAACGAUCCAAGUCCGAUCUAUCUGGAAAAGAUCACCAAAAACAACUACAACUCCUUCUACCGAUCCAACUCCCAUCUGGAUGACCUGCAGCACACGCCCUCCCGCAACCAGAACGAAUCCAUGCAACUGAAGAGCCCCUCCAUCGUGAACCUGAUCAGCCGAAGCACCCGGGAUCUUACCCAGAGCCCGCUGUACGAAGAUGAACGUGUCCAAGCACGGACCGAGUACCAUCACAACGAAUACUCCACCAACAAGAAGAACGUCUUCCUUAAAAACCUUCAAAACCGGGCUCCGGAACUGUAUCGCACCCUGCACGGAACCACCGCCAACGGUCACGAACGGAACGGUCACGCUGGAAGCCCAUCGCGGGAAUACCUCAACACGUACAUCAACCGGGAGCAGGAAUCAUCACUUGGGUCCCGUUCGCCGAUCACGAUAAACAAAGACACGGCCAGCAUCGUACGCCGGGGCAGCUCCAGCACCGAAGACCACACGGAAAGCUACCGAAUUACGCAGAAAUCGGAGGAUCCCAAUCGCCCGGGGGUUACCAAUACGAUCAGGAAUUUCAGCAAGAAGACCGUCCCCACCAAGGACGGACGGGGCAUGCAAACCAUCGAGACAAGCGAAGUCCGCACGACCAGCAGCAGUCGUUAUAGGGGCGAUAAGGCACCAGCUCCCCCGCCAGCUGCUCUCAAGUAUCAGGAAUUCCGCAACGGUCAUACCCAGCACAACGGAACGAACGGUGGAGGGGUCGUGAUCGAACUGAGAGGUAACUCGUAAGGUUCGGUGGAGAGUUUAGAAGUUUGUCAUUUUUUUUUGCAGUAAGCCUUAAUAACGAAAUUGAUUUUAUUAGAGAGUAUUCACUUUUUAAGGAACGGAUCACACGUAAAAGAAGAUUUUCCAUUUGUGCCAGAACUAUGAAACAUUAUAACUUCUUAUUAUACACAUGCCCUAAAAAUUCUAAAGUCUCGUGUCGGGAGUAGGAGUUUACGUGUUUUUUUAAUAUCAUCAACCUACUAUAACAAGAGUCGUGUUUUAAUUUUGUCGUAAUUUUAAGACGUCUAGGACUAACCGAUGGAGUAAUAGGUAUCAUCUUCCACCACAUUAACCAAGUGAAUGUGUAUUUAAUACAACAAGCAUAUCUCUACCAGCGUCGGCUCUGUCCGGCACAACAACGACGACAGUGUGUAAUCAAUUUAUGACGAUGAUGAAGAAGAUGAAGCGGAAGUAUAUCUCGUGAAAUAAAGUAACA